AUGAAUGAAAAUGCAAAAAUUCUAGCCAUAUUUCCAUUUCCCGGACCCUCGCAAUAUAUUUUGGUGAAACCCUAUUUAAAGACACUGGCCGAUAGAGGUCAUGAAAUGACAGUUAUCAAUGCCUAUCCCUCAAAUGAUAAUGGAAAGAAUUACAGAGACAUACCAGUAAUGGAGGCACAUGAAAUACAGAAAGAUUAUAUGGCUGGAGCUGUUUUGGAGCGUAAUCUAUGGUCUGGUCUAACAUUCACCUCUGACCUGUUCUACAAUGUUACCCGUGCGGUAUUAAGAAAUCCCCAGGUUCAAGAUUUAAUAGCCAAAGAAACCUUUGAUUUGGCCAUCAUUGAGGCAGUCAAUACAGAUGCUUUAUACAGUUUGGGGCCGCACUUUGGAGUUCCAAUUAUUGGUGUCUCCAGUUUUGGCAAUGAUAUAAUCAUAGAUGAUGUUAUGGGUAAUCCCACAUCAUGGGCUUACUCACCAUCCAUGAACACAGGCUUUACCCAUCAAAUGUCUUAUACCGAACGCCUACAGAAUGUUGUGGUACAAAUGCUAGAGCUGUUGCAUAAUCGUUGGAUACACUUACCUCGACAUCAGAAUUUACUAAAUUUAUAUAUGCCUCAUAUAACAGAGAGUGUAGAAUCUAUGCGUACAAAUAUUUCCUUAUAUUUACUGAACCAACACUUUUCACUGAGCCAUGCCAAACCUCAAGUACCAAAUAUGAUCGAGGUGGGAGGAUUUCAAAUUUCAAGCCAAAUUAAACCCUUGCCUAAAGAAAUACGAUCAAUCAUAGACCAUUCUCCAAAUGAUAUUAUUUAUUUUUCCAUGGGAUCCAAUGUGAAAAGCAAAGAUUUUCCCUCGCAAAUAUUACAAAUGUUCAAUAAAGUCUUCAGCCAAUUGCCCUACACCGUGCUAUGGAAAUUUGAAAAUCCCGAAUUGCCUGGCAAACCCUCAAAUGUCCAUAUAAAUCCUUGGUUUCCUCAAACUGAUAUAUUGGCCGAAGAAAAAGUAAAACUUUUUAUAUCUCAUGGUGGUCUACUCUCAACCUUUGAAGCUGUACAUUAUGGCAAACCUAUUUUAGGGUUACCCAUCUUCUUUGAUCAAAAUUUAAAUGUCAACAAUGCCAAAGAGAAAGGAUUCGCCUUAAGGCUCAAUGUGGACACACUCACUGAGCAACAAUUCAAAAAUAGCAUAUUGGAAAUGAUGGCAAAUGCAAGAUAUAGUGAAAAGGCCAAAGAAAUCUCGAAGAGAUAUCAUGAUCAGCCUGUAAAGCCUAUGGAUUUAGCCAUUUAUUGGACUGAAUACGUUUUAAGACAUAGGGGUGCCCUGCAUUUGCGCAGCCCUGCCCAGAAAAUGAAUUUCCUAAAGAGCAAUAGCAUAGAUACAAUUGGUGUAUUGGUCUUGAGUGUUUUAUUUGUGUUGUAUCUUGGCGUUAAGAUUUUGUAUAAAAUUUGUAAAUUAUUGUGUGCUGGAAGAGCUAAGAAAGAGAAAAUGAACUGA